AGUCCCCUGAGAAACAUUUAGUACAGACUUGCCUCAUGAGCUUUGAUUGUCCUUUUAAAUGCCCUAGGAGAGGUAGACCGGAUUUGUCUGCGUAAUUCCCACCCUGAUUCUACUCCAGUUCUUAUCUUGUACAGACACUUGGACACACACCCCACCAGGACUUCAAGCCUCUGCCCCUUUCUGAGCCUUGCUCUGUCCUGCCGUUGGUCUCCUAGGGACAUUUCUGAUUCAUUUGCAUCCUUGAAGAGCAUCUGUAGAAGAGGAAAGAAAAGAUGGGAGUGAAAACAUUUACUCAUAGCUCCUCUUCCCACAGCCAGGAAAUGCUUGGAAAGCUAAAUAUGCUGCGAAAUGAUGGACAUUUUUGUGAUAUCACUAUUCGUGUCCAGGACAAAAUAUUCCGGGCACAUAAGGUGGUACUAGCAGCUUGCAGUGAUUUCUUUCGCACCAAACUUGUAGGCCAAGCAGAGGAUGAGAACAAGAAUGUGUUGGAUUUGCAUCAUGUUACAGUGACUGGCUUUAUACCCCUUUUAGAAUAUGCUUACACAGCCACUCUGUCAAUUAACACAGAAAAUAUCAUUGAUGUUCUAGCUGCAGCCAGCUAUAUGCAGAUGUUUAGUGUUGCCAGCACCUGCUCAGAGUUCAUGAAAUCAAGCAUAUUAUGGAAUACACCCAACAGCCAACCAGAAAAGGGUCUGGAUGCUGGACAAGAAAAUAACUCUAACUGCAAUUUUACUUCUCGAGAUGGAAGCAUCUCUCCGGUGUCUUCAGAGUGCAGUGUAGUAGAAAGAACCACUCCUGUCUGCCGAGAAUCCCGGAGAAAACGCAAAAGCUACAUUGUUAUGUCUCCUGAAAGUCCUGUAAAGUGUAGCACACAAACAAGUUCUCCCCAGGUAUUGAAUUCUUCAGCUUCCUACUCAGAAAAUAGAAAUCAACCAGUUGACUCUUCUUUAGCUUUUCCUUGGACUUUUCCUUUUGGAAUUGAUCGAAGGAUUCAGCCUGAUAAGGUUAAGCAGGCAGAAACUACCCGGACUUUAGAAUUACCUGGCCCAUCUGAGACAGGUAGAAGAAUGGCUGAUUAUGUGACUUGUGAGAGCACGAAAGCUACCUUGCCUCUGAGUACUGAAGAAGAUGUCCGGGUCAAAGUAGAAAGGUUAAGUGAUGAGGAGGUCCAUGAGGAAGUGUCCCAGCCUGUCAGUGCUUCUCAGAGUUCACUGAGUGAUCAGCAGACAGUGCCAGGAAGUGAACAAGUCCAAGAGGACCUUCUGAUUAGUCCACAGUCUUCCUCUAUAGGCUCAGUAGAUGAAGGCGUCACCGAAGGGUUACCUACACUUCAAAGCACUUCUAGCACUAAUCCUCAUGCGGAUGAUGAUGAUCGAUUGGAAAAUGUUCAGUAUCCCUAUCAACUCUACAUUGCUCCUUCUACCAGCAGUACAGAACGACCAAGUCCAAAUGGUCCAGAUAGACCUUUUCAGUGUCCAACUUGUGGGGUGCGAUUCACCCGUAUUCAGAACCUAAAACAGCACAUGCUCAUCCACUCAGGAAUUAAACCAUUUCAGUGUGACCGCUGUGGGAAAAAGUUCACCAGGGCUUACUCGCUAAAGAUGCAUCGCCUAAAGCACGAAGGUAAACGCUGUUUCCGGUGCCAGAUAUGUAGUGCCACUUUCACUUCCUUCGGGGAAUAUAAACACCACAUGAGGGUUUCCCGGCACAUUAUCCGCAAGCCUCGGAUUUACGAGUGCAAAACAUGUGGCGCCAUGUUCACCAACUCUGGGAAUUUAAUCGUGCACCUGAGGAGUCUGAACCAUGAAGCGUCAGAGCUAGCAAACUACUUCCAGAGCAGUGAUUUCCUAGUACCGGACUACUUAAACCAGGAGCAAGAAGAGACCCUUGUUCAGUAUGAUCUUGGAGAACACAGUUUUGAAAGCAACUCCUCUGUUCAAAUGCCUGUAAUUUCACAGGUCUCCUCGACCCAGAAUUGCGAAAGCUCCUUUCCUUUGGGGUCUCUUGGUGGGCUGGCAGAAAAAGAGGAAGACAUGCCAGAGCAGCCAAAGACCAGUACUUGUGCUGAGCCAACCCGAGAUGACCCCCCAAAAUCAGAGCUGUCUUCUAUAACUAUUGAGUAAUUUUGUGGUUUGGCUUCAUUUUUGGUUUUUGGAAAGUGCCUGUGCUUGGUCUUGUACAUUUAAUUUAAUUUUUUAAACAAAAAAGAGUUUGGGAAAGAAUUUCUCUUUUUACUUUGUAAGCCCUGCAACUGUUUUAUUUUUUCAUGACUGAGAGGUUGCUUCUGUAAGUGCACAAUAACAUGAUGCUGAAAUACUAUAGAAACUAUGAGACUUAAGGAGAACCAGUUGACUUAAAACAUGGAUCAGUUUCUUCUUCCACUGUUGAAAAUAGGCUAACAGCACAUCAUUAGGUAAAAAAGAAAUCAGAUGAUUAUUGACCUUCCUGAGGUGAAAGGGUACACCAGAGACAAAUUAUUAAGCAGAAUUUGACAAAUGGCCUGAAUAGAUGUUUACUCCUAUACACAGGACAGUGUACAAUAUUUUGUAAAGCCUGUUGUUUUUGGAAGUAUUUAUGGUAAGCUUUCUUAAAAUUUAUUGGGUAAAUACUUCUGAAAUCCAACAUACUCUUUAUUUUUAAGCUUUGUCAUUUCUAUUAUGAUUUUUCAUGGUGAAAAUUUGUUAUUGGGAUAGGCGUUCCCUGUACCUUUAUAAUACCGCUCCUCCAAAUAAUCUUUCUGUCUUCUAUGAAAGAAGACAAAGAACUAUGAUUGAGAAUAGUCAAGCUGUGCAUGAAAUGACCAGGAAUAGAGAGUGUAGUAUGUAAAUCCCAGCUUCAUAGAAACUCUAUAAUACUGCUUUUCUGAGUAAAAUUGUUUACCUGGUCUUUGAAUGUUAAUGCCUGGCUAAUUAGGUCAUUGUAGAAAUCAGUUUUCCUCUUGCCCCAUCAGCAGUCUUUCUCUUGCAUAUACUGCGUGAUACCAUAUAAAGGAAAAAUAUUGGAGAUAUUAUAUAUUUUAUAUAUAGGUUUAUGUAUUGUUGGGGAUGUUUUUAUUGUACUGUUUUGGACAAAAUAAAGAAUUCUCUGUUAAGGCUACGUUCUUAACCCAACUAAGAUUGUUUACAAGAUUCCAUAUGACAUUGGAGUUGUCCAUGUUCCAAAAUAUUUUUAGACAUUGCUAAGUUAGUAUAGUUUUUACACAAUGGAAGCAAUAAUUUAAAAGCUAAGAAGAGGCUAUAAAAUGAUGAUCUAUGACUCAAAUUUGUUUUGGAAAAAAAGACAAAAAAGCUAAAAAUCUUAAAUUAAUGAAUAUCACCUCUUUUGCUGCUAAAAAAAUGAAACUUCCUCGUUUAUGUAUAAGUUGAAAUUUACAUGAUACUCUAAACUGGAGUAUACUUUUCAUCUGGUGCCAUUAAAGCAUCACCGACCUUGAUCUUAAAUAUUCAUGAGUCCAUGAACAAUGAACUUUUGAGUAACUUACUUUAUAUGUAUAUACCCAAAGUUUAGUAAUUAUGAAAGCACCUGAUUAGAUUAGAAAAAAGAAACGAAGUGCGAUCUCUUAUUCAAAACACAGAUCUGAAUUUUGUCUGGGUGCUAGAUCUUAAUAAUAAAAUAAUUUUUAAAUUGUA